GAGAGUGCACUGUAUGUUUAGCUGAGAAGAGAGAGAGAGAGAGGAAUCCAUAACGCGGAGUAUUGUUGCACUCUCUGCUCAGCUGUUACAGUACAAAGUCUAAACAGUCAACAAUAAUAAGACAACCUGGAAGAAGCGGAUAUACCCCCGAUAUCGACGCAACAUGGAUUUUAUAUAAUUCCGGAAAGAUGUGACGAAAUGAAUAAAGAGAAAAACAAGAAACAGACCGACCGCAUCAUGUUGGUCAAAAAGAUAAUAAUGAAAGAUGGGACCACGUUACCAGUGAGUGUACCACCACCAUCUGCCCCUCAAGAGAGACAACAACAGGGAAUUGGUCAUGCUACCGUUACACAUGCAGUGGUUGUCAUUUUCUUGGAGUUCUUCGCCUGGGGUUUGUUGACCACUCCAAUGUUAACAGUUCUACAUGAAACAUUUCCUCAACAUACGUUUUUAAUGAACGGUCUAAUUCAAGGUGUAAAGGGCUUUUUAUCAUUUAUGAGUGCUCCUCUAAUAGGGGCCCUGUCAGAUGUAUGGGGGAGGAAGUCUUUUCUGCUGGUCACAGUGUUCUUCACCUGUGCCCCAAUUCCUCUAAUGAGGAUAAGUCCCUGGUGGUAUUUUGCUAUGAUUUCUGUGUCUGGAAUCUUUUCUGUCACCUUCUCUGUUAUAUUUGCUUAUGUAGCUGAUAUCACAGAAGAACAUGAAAGAAGUACAGCAUAUGGACUGGUAUCUGCCACUUUUGCGGCAAGUUUAGUAACUAGUCCUGCCAUUGGCGCUUACCUGUCAGCCAAUUAUGGAGAUAACCUAGUGGUACUUGUGGCCACAAUCAUCGCAUUGUUAGACAUUUGCUUCGUCCUCUUGGCGGUACCAGAGUCACUGCCUGAGAAGAUGAGGCCAGUCUCAUGGGGAGCACCUAUCUCGUGGGAACAAGCAGACCCUUUUGCUUCUUUGAAGAAAGUUGGGAAGGAUUCCACAGUGUUGCUCAUCUGCAUCACAGUGUUUCUGUCUUAUCUGCCAGAGGCAGGCCAGUACUCUAGCUUUUUCCUUUACUUGAGACAGGUCAUUGGUUUCUCGUCUGUGACCAUAGCAGCCUUUAUAGCUGUUGUGGGGAUCCUUUCCAUUAUAGCUCAGACUGUGUUUCUCAGGGUCCUAAUGAGAUCAAUAGGUAACAAGAACACUGUACUACUUGGACUAGGUUUUCAGAUGCUCCAGCUGGCCUGGUAUGGGUUUGGAUCUGAACCAUGGAUGAUGUGGGCAGCUGGAGCAAUAGCAGCGAUGUCUAGUAUUACAUUCCCUGCAGUAAGUGCACUAGUUUCUCGAAGUGCAGAAUCUGAUCAGCAGGGUGUUGUCCAAGGAAUGAUAACAGGAAUUAGAGGCUUGUGCAAUGGCCUUGGACCAGCCCUCUAUGGCUUCAUAUUCUUUUUGUUUCAUGUGGAGCUGAAUGAGUUGGACCCAGUCCCGCAGACAGAUAAAACUACUGCAAUGCAGCAUCCAAUAAUGGAGAGUUCAAUUAUCCCUGGCCCUCCAUUCCUGUUUGGAGCAUGUGCUGUUCUUCUUGCUUUCCUAGUUGCCUUAUUUAUUCCUGAACACAAUAGCCUUGAUGUUAAGACUUGCAAUACCAAGAAACAUAGCAACAGUAUCGGCAGCACCCAGAGCAUGAACCCACUCCCGGGCAGUGAUGAGGACAUUGAGCCACUGCUGCAGGACAGCAAUGUGUGAAGGCAAGUUCAGACUCCUCGAGCUCUGUUACAGGAUGGAAGCAUCAAGACUAAAGAAUCAGGUUUUGGCUAAAGACUGAGAAUGUGUUCUGAACUCUUUCUCUAAUCAAUAUGUCUUUCCUGCAAAUCUUCAGCAAUGUUGAUUUGUUUGAAAAAGGUUGUUAUGGAAAUAUUUCUGAAAGUUUAAGUGGGCUGUAAAUAUUAUUUUUGUUGUUAUUAUUAUUAUUAUUAUUAUUAUUAUUAUUAUUAUAAUAAUAAUGUAUUGUUAUGAUUUUUGUUUUUGGGGAAAAAAAACAAAGGCAGGUGGAGUAAGUCGACAUGUACCAGUAGCAGUCAUUUCAACUAUUGACUUAAUAGGCUCCCUAAUAUAUCAAAUUUUGUAGGGAUUGGCAGUUAAGAUUUGCACAGCGGAGAAACCAUGAGCAACUGCAAAACCUCUUUAAACCAAACUUGUCAUUUUUUUCUUUUGUUUUUCUGCUGGAAUUUGAUACAUUUUAUAAUGCAUAUUGAGGGUAAUGUAAGCAUGAACUUUUCUAAACUCCCUCAUAUUGUGAUUUACAAAACGCUGCCACUGUUCUAGGGUUAUUGAUGGAAACCAGCAUAUGUGUGUCUUUAAACAUCCAACUCUAGCCUUAUAACAAGUCUUGAAUACAUUAUAUUUUAAUUUGGUAUGUACGCAAGGCUACAUAUCAGCAAUGUAUUCUGCAGCUAGAGAGCACUUUAAAACCCAGCUUAUCAUAUUUGUUUUCUGAUGUAUCGCAUCCUGUUUCUUUCUACACCUUGUCCUGCUUGCUGUGGAGUGAAGAACAUUCUUUGUUUACGAUGAUGGUACAGAUGUUUACAUC